AUGAAAUCUGCACCAACUUGGCUUUCCCACUCUUUUCCCUUCCCCCCCUACCAACAAAAAUAAAAGCACCGCCCAUUACUAAACUUCCAUGGAUUUCUUUUUUAUUCUUCUUCUCUGCUGACCUUUGAAAAUUUUGACCUUCUCUUCCCCUUCUGACUUUGCACGAUCCUCAACCUAUAUAUACCUAUUUCUCUCUUCUAUCUUCUUUGUAUCUCUCCUCCUAAUUCUUGCUUGUUCGUUCCUUCCGCAAAAGAUCCUUUUUUCUGUUCUGCAAGGAAAAUGAGCGGCACCGGUCCCAGCCCAAGCACAGAGCAAAAGAAGUACAAGGGUGUCCGCCGCCGGAAGUGGGGGAAAUGGGUGUCGGAAAUUCGCGUUCCGGGCACGCAGGAACGGCUGUGGUUAGGUUCUUAUUCUACUGCUGAGGCAGCCGCUGUGGCACACGAUGUGGCUUCCUAUUGCUUAAGAGCAGGAGAUGGUCGUCUGAACUUUCCUCUGAUGCUGCCUGCAAGUGUCAAAGCCGACAUGUCCCCUAAGUCUAUACAGAAAUCUGCAUCCGAUGCUGGCAUGGCGAUUGAUGCACAGAUGAUACUGAACAGGUCCAUGUCUUCUAAUGGCGGUAAUCAAUGCAGCAGAAAUGGAAGCUAUGCGGUUAAUCUUGGCCAAGAGGGAGAGCUUGGGUGGGAAGAUGGUGUGGGCAGUAAUGGGAGUUGGAGUGGUGGUCAGGGUAGAGAUUAUGGCGGAGACGGUGAUUUGAGCAUUUCUGUUGAAGAUUAUUCGUAGUUUUCCCACAUCGAAGAUGACUAUAAAAAUAUGUAUAUAAUACUAAAGAAUUAUAAUUAAGUUGAAUCCAAAGUGAAUUGGCUAAUUUUGAGAUUUUCCUUCAUAAUUAGCAACCUUACAUCCAUAAAUAUAAUUAGUAGUGAAUAACUUUAUUUCCAUGUCAA